UUCUUCGACUGGAAGGGGCUUUUUAGCUGGAAUCGACCAUGGACAAGGCGCAGAAUAGUAACUUGCGUCUGCCUGGGCGCCGUCAUCGUCUUGAUUUCCCUUUUUGUGUUCUUCCAUCAGCAGAUAGUGCGCGCUUUGCAGCCUGCAGUGGAGCGGAUUCAUGACUUAAAGUUCGGAUGGCUCAUCCCAAUUGCGAUGUUCUUUGUGAUGUCAUUCCCUCCAUUGUUUGGUCACGAGAUAUUGGCCAUCCUCUGCGGGGUUGUCUGGGGUGCUGAGGUUGGCUUCGCCAUCACUGCAGCUGGCACUUUCAUAGGUGAAGUUGCCAACUUCUAUACUUUCAAAUAUUUUUGCCAAGCUCGCGGAGAUAAGUUGCAAAGAGACAGUAUCACGUAUGCCGCUCUGUGCAAGGUAGUCCGUGAACGCGGUCUCAAAGUCGCGUUGAUCGCGCGCUACAGCGCAGUUCCAGGGCAUUUGACAACAGCCAUAUUCUCAGUGUGCGGAAUGGGAAUCUUUACGUUCAUGCUAGCAGCUGUGCUCUCUCUUCCGAAACAAUUUGUUACUGUCUAUAUUGGUGUGAUGCUUGAAAGUGACCCAAACUCAUCUGGUGCUUCCACCAGCAGGAUUAUUGGUGAUGUAAUUGGUGCUAUCACACUUCUGGUGACUGUCGUUGCAAUGUGGUAUAUUAACAAGGAAGUGGGCAAAGUGAAACCACAAGUCAUACAGGAACGUCAAAAGUCCCGG